CUCCUCGGCCGCCUUUCUUUCGCCUCGGACACCAUGGACAGAGGCACUUCUGCGGGCCCCGCUCGAGGAGGCACGCGCAAGCGGGCGAGGGCCUACCAGGCCUCAUCAGAUGCAGAAAACGAAGCAGGAUCAUCACGCAGGCAGAGAAAGGCCAAGUCCGGUAGCGCUGGCGCGACGUCUCCGACUGCCGGCGUUGGUCCAAGCCAGGCGAGCGGCGAGCCACGUCAUCCGAGACGAGAAGAGGAGAAGGCCGCAGCGAGGGAACGGCGCCAUGGAGAUCACAAGCGCAAGGCCAAAAGCAGCAGGCCCUCCGUACGACCCCCAUCGAUGACUGAGCACCCCAUCCGAGGCCCAUCGGCUCAGAGGGAGUUGAGCGCUGUCGAUGAGCAAUCAUCGGGAAAAGCAGAUGUAGCAGAGACAUCAGCAGGACCGUCAAAUCGAUUACGCAAGAUGUCAAAGAGUUCGGCAAGCAAGGACGGAGAGAGGGACACUGAAGAGAGCGUAGCGAAUCGUCGCGAGGCAGAGAAGGACGAACAGCACGCCGCACUCGUCAAGACGAUGCAGGCCGAGCUGGGACGUCUGCAAAAGGAGAUCACCUUCAAAGACAGCAUCAUCGAUGCCCAAAAGGACACCAUUGGACACAUUCACAGCCAAUUUACGUGCGCAGUCUGCAUGGAUCUCGUCUGGAGGCCACAUGUUCUUACACCAUGCGGCCACGUCUUUUGCGCACGUUGCCUCCUUGCCUACUUUAAGCGCCCGCUCCCCGAAGAAGAGCACGACGGCCGAUCGGAGCCCACGGCAGAGCAGAGGCGAAAGGCAACGUUGAGGCGUAAAAAGCUUUGUCCGCACUGCCGCGAGCAGGUCAAGGUCGCUCCUGCCGAAGUAUGGUUGAUCAAAGGCCUUUUGGACCGGGUGGAAGAUAGCAUGAAUCGAGGUGAGGGCCACGAAGACGGUUCAACGGCGCCCAAUGAAGCAACUACGAGCUUGCCUGAACGCAAGGGGAUGGACCUGCCUCUGGGUGAAGACCUUUGGAAAGACGUUUUCUACAAGGGUCGGACAGACUUUGAACCCUUCUUCGACGAACAAGACGGCGUGUAUCGGUGUCCGCACUGUGCAAAUGAGGUCGUCGAAGGUCGCUGCACCAAUCCCGGCUGCGAUUUCGGCGCCUUCUACGAAGACUACAGCGACUACGACGAAAGCGAAGCCAUAGACUUUGAACACCGUUCGGCAGAGAUCAGGGGAGAAUACCGUUCGUGGCCGUUUCCCUUCGGCGGGUCUGCCUACGAUUACGAAGGGGAAGACUAUGACAGCGAGUUCGACAGCGACUUUGAAGAGGACGAGGAUGCUGGCUCGUUCAUUGACGAUGGGCCAAUCGAGGUGGAUGGUACGACAACAGAGGAAGAAGAAGACGACGACGACGCGGAGGUCCAAGAGGUCGACCCGCAGGGAAGGCCGAUUCGAAGGAGAAGCCGUCGUAUCCAUGUAGUUGACGACCUGGAAAACUUAGAAGAACAGGGAGAUUCAGUGGACGAGAACCACUCUGACACUUUUGACCGCGAAGAUGAGGGCCAGGCAUUCGAGGAUGCACAGCAGGACUACGAGGGCGAGGAAUCAGUCUCGCACAGCAGCAACGAAGACUUGACAGACGACCUCGAUGAUGGUUCUGAAGUCAGAUUCGACCAAGCUUGGUAACGACCGCAAUAUUUGACAAUGGCCAGAUUCUCUUUAUUCACUCACCUUUCUUUGUGACCCCACAAUUCUCUGUACGGUAUAACAAUUCACCAAAUGUCACCUGUGUUCCACCACAC